AUGGCACCGAAUGGCUACAGGAAGAUCACCUCGACCAAUGACUCUGCUGAGAAAGUUGGUUUUGUCUCUGUCCUUUUGUUUCAAUGGAUGAACGAUGUCAUGAAGACAGGUAGUCAACAACCCUUGGAGGAAAGCGAUUUUGUGCCACUCUCCAAUGAGGACACCUCACAGUCGGUCACAGAUCGUCUCGAGAAGAAAUGGAAAGAAGAAAAAGCUAAUUCCACGAGAAAGGAGAAAAGGCCAAAGCUCUGGAAAAGUGUUUUGAAGAUGCUUUCCCCAAAGGAGGUUGCCUAUGUUUAUCUCCCUGGCGUCCUCUAUGGAAUUGGUUCCCUCGUCACACCACUGCUUAUUGGAUAUCUGAUUUUCAUGUUAAUGUCACCUGGAACGUAUACGAACCCCAUACUUCACGGUUGUUUGCUUGCGGCAGCCAUGACUCUGAACACAUUGAUCGGCAGCCUUGCCAUGCAGCACCACGCUUACGCGUGUGAAAUAUUGGGCAUCAGAUUGAGUAACGCAAUAAAAGGUCUCGUCUACAAAAAGAUCUUCCUGCUCAGCAAGAGUACACUGUUAAAGUUUUCAGCAGGACGAGUGGUUGAUCUUAUAUCAAAUGAUAUCCAGCGGAUGGAAACAGUAGCUCUUAAAUUUUUUGUAAUGAUGUCAGACGCACACCAAAUCGUGGCUGCAACGUUUCUGCUCGCGUAUCUGAUUGGCUGGCAGGCUCUAACUGGAGAGUUAUUUCUCUGUCUUCUUGUACCCUAUUACGUCGAGAUGUCCUCUGUCUACGCUGCGCUGCGUCUGCGCUCAGCAGCAGAAGGUGAUCGUCGAAUUUCCUUGACGAACCAAGUGGUUUCUGGGAUACGCGCUAUCAAGGCGCGUGCCUGGGAGGAUUAUUUCGGAGGAAAGAUAAAACAUACGCGAAAGUAG